ACAGCAGACAAUGCAGCCGGCGGUCGUCGUCGCCACGCUGGCGGCUCUGUUGGCAUCAGACGGGACGGUGCUGGACUGCGUCUGCACCCACCUCCGCCACGUCACUGCCUCUGGCAGCAUCUGGGGAGCGAGUGCCGGUGAACGCUACAUCUGGUUCCACUACUGUGAAUAUCCCGAAUGGUUCCCGGUGGCCGUAGCAUUCGGGACCCCAGAGCAUCAUCCGUCCGCCGCAGACUCACCUGUGGAGCGCCUGUCGGCCCGCAUCUGGGACUACGGACUGCCGCCGCCGCCGCCGCCGCCCGCAGGUGGUGGGCGGCAGGGAGGGGGAGGGGGGUGCGCCGGCGCCCUGGCCGAGCUCCGCCGCCUCGCGUGGGAGGAAGCCUGGCAGCUCGUCGAGGAGCUCGACUGCCGGAUCGCCGGCGACUGCAUCGACUCCUGCUCUGUGCCGAGGUUGAGCAACAUGGAAUGGAACAUGACAACGCUGCAAACGGAUGAUCUGAGGCAUAUCCUGUCUCAGUCACUCCAAGCUGUUCGGCGCAUCACAAGAGCCACGGUCGGCAGGAUGAGAUGUGAGGGCUGGCGUCUACCUGAUUCUGAGUGGAUGUACAAAACUGUUUUCCAGGAACGCCUCUCCAGCUACUGGCGAGACGUGGCGCAGCUGCUCUCGCUCAGUGCGAUGCACUACUCACAGCUGUUGGUUCCCCUCGCAUUCGAAGAUAUGGGUAACCACACGAGUGGUCAGCAACUCCACGGUUGGAUCAAGGACGUGGAACGUGUGAAAGACAUGCUGCACACGAAAUUAAUCGGAUUGGUACACGACGCGCAAUACGUCAGCAAACAGGUAGAGCACUACGAGAUGGAAGAAGACAAGGACAGGCCGGGACGCUUGAUAUUCAGGCGGCCGCUGUUGAGUGAACGCCUACUGCGCUAUCAGCCGUGGAACCUCUCCUUUCCCGACGACUUCAGUGCGCUGUGCGAGGAGCGGCAGCCAGAGCUGUCGCAGGUGUUCAACCUAGCUGCCUCACUGUACGCCGCCUAUCGCGUCUACUGGUACGCUGCCGCUGAGUACAUCGAUUUAUUAUACGAAGAUGAAUUCAAGACUGUAGACGAGGAGUGGCAGCUGGAGGACAGAAGCAGCGCUACACUCUCCGUGGACACUGACUGCGUGCAGCUGUUGGCGAACGCCCUGGACCACCCCACGUGUCCGCUGGAAGACCUGCCUCUGGAAGCGGUUAAGCAGCGCGAGCAGUGCCGUGUGCAGCUGUGGGACGACGUGGUGCAGAGGUCGCCCCUCAUACCCGUGACCAGCUACCUGGCCUACACGCAGAGGGUGAACGUCAACCUCUGUCUGCUGGCCUGGAUGGCAGUCAACUCGUACAGCAUUUGUCAGGGCGUCCCGUUUAGUAUGAUACAGUCCGUGAGAGAUGCUCGUUGCUAUUUCGAUAGACCUGACGAUCAAUCGUGUCUGCAAUCGAACGCUACAGAUGCCAUCUGCUCUGUUUCCAGAGCUAUUCUGUUGCUGAAGUGCCGCGAUUUUUCCUCCUUUAAGCAUUGCCAUAAUUGUACGCUCAUUUAUUUCCAAUUUCUAUCGAGCGAUCGUACUAGCAGCAUGCUGCAUCAAAAGCUAACAGAAGAAACACUGAACUACAAAAACAGUUUAAAUAACGCUACCUUAAAAUACAAGGAUUUCAAAAUCGACAGCUUGAAGCCUUUAGAAAUCUCAUUUAUAAUGUACUAUGAGAAGAGACAGUCAGAUCCUUACAAAAUCAAAAGAGAAUCCAAUGGAAGCAGUAUGUGGAUGAACGUGUAA